AGAUCCACGCGUAAUUGCUUCCCCAUGGUUGCUCUGGGAUUGGGGGUCAGACGGGCCCUGCCAGGUUCAUCGCCACCGACUUGUCUUCCUGCAAAGAGAAGCAGACUAGCUCGCCCCUGCCCCUGCCCCUCCGCGUGCAUCGCCUGGGCUCCCGCGGGUCGCGCUCUCCGGGGCGCAGCGCUACUGAAAGCCGAAGGCCCGUGCGGUGUUUCUGCACUCGGUGGGAAAGGGGAAAACACGCACCGAGGAGCUCCAGCUUUCGUUAGAAACGCAGAGCCGGUUCCAGAAGAUUCACGCAGGCUUUGGAGCCGUAACAGAGCUGUAGAAAACAGCGAUGGGAGCUUUCAGGAAGCACAGAUUAGGAAGCUAGAGCCCUCCGCUCGCUACAAAGAAGAGAACUUGUCCACAACCAACCUUGGACUGCAUUUUGCAGAAGAAACUCAGUGCCUGAGGCUCACGCUCCUUUCCCUAAGCAACCCCAGAGGCUCUGAACCUGUUCCAAUGUUGUUGGGUUCAGACAGCUGUGCCUGCCAGGGGAACCAGGCCAUGAAGUAUACCAGACUUUCCGAGAACCAGAGGCUUGCCCUCCAGUUGGAGAAUGCCCUUGCCAGGGAGGCUCGGCUUUGGAAGGCGCCAGUCUUUCAGAAUUUCACACUGAAGGGCACAGAUAUCUCUCCAUGGUAUUAUCAGAAAGCAGUUCUCUGGAUUGCAGAAAUAAGCUCACAGUUCCAGUUUUACCCAGAAACAUUUGCCUUGGCUAUCAACUUUCUUAACCGGUUAUUGGCAUCAGUGAAGGCGCAGCUAAAAUACCUUCGGUGCAUUGCAAUUGCCUGUCUUGUCCUUGCAGCAAAAAUCAACGAAGAAGAUGAGGUAAUACCAUCAGUGAAGAAGCUUGCAGUGCAGAGUGGUUGUAAAUGCUCUCCAGCUGAGAUUUUGAGAAUGGAAAGAAUUAUACUAGAUAAACUUCACUGGGAUCUUUACACAGCAACACCUAUGGAAUUCUUAAACACUUUCCAUGCCAUGGUGAUGUCCAAUUGGCCCCAUCUACUAAAUGGGUGGGCUCAGAUGAAUCCUUCCCGCCAUGUUGCAUUCUUGACCAAACAGCUACAGCAUUGUAUGGCAUGCCACCAACUACUGCAGUUUAAGGGCUCCACAUUGGCUUUGGUGAUCAUCACCUUAGAGUUGGAGAGGCUGAUGCCUGACUGGUUUCCUGUUAUUACUGAUCUGCUAAAAAAAGCACAGGUAGACAGCGUCAAGUUUAUCCACUGUAAAGAGCUUGUGGAUCAGCAGCUGCUGCUUUCACAAGCAUCCAAUGCCGUUUAUAUUUUUAAUCCUGCCAACCGAGUCAUCCAAGCCCGUCCCAAGGGAAGUCUGCCCUACCCUUAUCCUGAACUGAAGAUUUCACAGGAAGUUAGUUCGAAGAUGACCACGAACCAGUCAGUUCCAGCAACUUUUGUGCCUAUGACAGCCAAAAGCUGUGACGAGAGCAUGGAGACAGACGAGUUCUACGAUGGGUUCAGGCAUCUGUACAAUGAGGAAGGAGUCCCAGAGGGUGGAAGGGCUAGUAUUGCUAAUUCACGCAAUAAUCUGGUACAGGGGGAAAAUGGAUCUCCUUGUCCUCCAUUACAACCCCCUGAAAUAGCUUAGAAGAGACCGUAGCUGCAGCCGGUACGUAGGUCAAGACAAAUGGAAUAGUAGAUGCAGCAAAAUGGAAGUACUGGGGGUUUCUGCUAGGAUAAUGCCAAAAGGCUUAACUUGCUGCCUCCUAAACCAGUGUUUGUUUGCUCCUUUCCCCCAGUUUUUACUUGAGCUGGACGAAAGCCCCCACAGGUAUGAAUAGCUGAAAUCAAACAACUCAGGGAUGUGAGUUCAGCAGAUGGGGGCUGCACACUGCAUUGGGGGAACCAACCUUCUUGGGACACUUGCUUCUGCUCCCAGUUGUGUCCGCAAUGUGACAGCUUCAGCCAUUUCACUGAGACUCCCAAUAUUGCCUCUCCUCUCUCAGACUUUAUAAUUUAAAUAGCUGCAUUUGAGAGAAGCAGGAGGUGCAAUGUGGUGAUGGGAGCAUUGCACUUACAACAGGUCUGCUACACUAUUCCUUGGUGGGACCAAAUUUAGGACUGUAAGAGCAAAUGGUGAGAUGCUGUGAGAGUAGUCCACACUUCCAGGUAAGAAACCCCAGUUCUAUGUGGGCCUGAUCCCACAAUCGAAGGGAGCAUUGGGUGCUAAGCAUCUUUCAGAAUCAAACCAUGAGGGCCUAACUCAAAGCUCAUUACAACAAAUGGAAGACUUCCCCUGGAUUCCAGUGGGCUUUGCCUCCAGACUGCACAGAGUAGGCUGUGCAACUCCAUUCUGUUCACAUUGCAACAUUCCUUUCUUUCCCUGCCUUCCCAAACUUCUCAUAAGGGGUAUUUAAAAAAAAAACAUCAUCUUUGCCUUACCUGCUCCUCUUUGCAGCAAAGCAGUUAAAUUGACUUUCACAGUGUGUAACCGUUUCUCACUUUUAAAGCAGCUUUAUACAUUUUCUAAAGGAAAGGGUAGGUUUAUUACUCUUUACUACUUUUUUUUUAAUGGGGCCAGGUUUUUAAGGUGACUGUGUGUGUUAAUUUGGAAGCAUAAAUCAGAACAGUACUGUGCAGUAAUAGUGCAGGCACAGAUCCUGCUAGUUCUGGCAGUCUAAAAGCCCCUUAUGGGUGUGUGUAAGGAUGACCUUUGCCAGGGCUCAUCAUAUAGAGCAUAUGCCAGCAAUGGCCCCUUCCAUUUACUCUUGAUGUAAACCUGGAGGCAGGGUCAUGGACUCAAGUGCCAUCCUCAUGCUGAUAAUGGUCUUACCCAAACCUUGAUCUGCUAGACAACAGCACUCACUGGUGUAAGAUGAGGUUUCUUGCUCAUCUCUUCUCACCUUGUGCUUAUGGGAGUUGCUUCUCUGCACCUGUGUUUGCAGGAUCUCAGUCUUAGAUUAGUGGGUAAAUUAGCAGAUUUAAUUUAGGGAUUGUUCUGUUGAAAUGCUGCCAGCGGGGAGAUGAGCUUCAUGUGCGUGCAUGUGUGUGUUUAGGCAGCAUCUUAUUUUUUUUAAACUGCAAAAAGCAUGGUGCUAAAUGUACCAAAAAUUUGCUACUGAAGUGAAGACUUAACGCAAGUGCCAGUUGUGAGUACAAGUGCAUUCAAAUAAGCACUGGGACUCUGGGAGAAAUUGUCAGGGUCACCACAAACUGUGAAUGCUGUGCUUUCAGGAGUGCGAACAAGAAGAUUCCUUACAGAUGGUUGGUCUCUGCACAGCCUGUGUGAUUGCAAGGAGGUAGUGUGAAGUGGAAAUGAAAAAUAAUGCACUAUUCCAGAAUAGAAAAUGUUUACAAGCCUUGCACACAUCUGGAUGACUAUUUGUGGAGGGGCUUGGAAUGUUAUUUAUUCAUCCUGCCUGAGUAGCAUAAGGAAGGUUUCCAUUUUGUGGUAGGACCAAAAAAAAAAAAAGAAAGAAAGAAAAAGCAGCACCUUCCUUUUCUAUUGUAUACUGUGACUUGACUGCCUGACUUUCAAAAAGGCAAGUUGUCUUUUGUAGUUUUCAUUAAAUAAAACAUAACCCAA